AUGCUAAGUCCGGUGGAGCUGCCCAUCUAUCCCCAAUCCUUCGAUGCCCUUGCUUGGUCACCGGACGGCGAGCUUGCCGUGGCCGCGGGCGAGCAGAUUCAGAUCUUGACCUUGAACGUGGGAGCAUCGACAUCAGCGCCUCAGGGACAAGAAACAUGGCACGUCACACGCUUCCGCGUCAACACCUUCACUUAUGCUGAAUGGGCCGACAUCUAUCCGCAAAACCGGGAUGAUUUCUCUAUUGGGGCAGAGCAGUCGAGUAGCACUAUUCUUGCUAUGUCAUGGUCACCACCAGGCCUGGCUCGAUUCCGGCGCAGCGUCCUGGCCGUUUUAACUUCGAAUCUGGUCCUGUCCUUCUGGGAACCGAUCGGUUCGAAGGGACAAUGGUCCAGGGUGGGUAUAGUGAACCACGUAUUCCAUCAGGAUCCAUCAGCUCCGAUAAAAGUGGGAGGCGAAGAACUUCGCCGAGUGAAUAUCCGUUCAUUCCAAUGGUGCCCGCCUCUUAAAAUACCUCCACCUACCAAUGACCCCAAUCCAUUUCCUGAACCCCAGAACCGCUGGGGAAUCCACAUGCUGGCCGUUGCAACGGACUCGAAUGAUCUGGUCCUGCUACGAGUGCGUAGGUCCCCUGGGAUGCACGCUCGUUCCAGCCCCUACUGUGUGGAACAGAUGGCUCUUCGCCCGCUGAAACAGGAAGAGAUGCAAUUUCCCAUGGCUUGCUCGGGAUCACUCCUACAUGGCAGGGUACAGUCGCAAGUCCGUGUCUCAUCUAUCUCCUGUGGACCAUGGAUCGCGACAUUGUCUUCGCGCAAGUAUUUUGACCAUUCUGCCACCGCAAUUUUUGCCGCCGCAUACGGGACACAGCUACAAUUGUUCAAAGCCAGUGUUGCAGUGCGAUAUUCGAGCAGCCAGGAAAAGGAUGCGCGUCGAUAUGAGGCUACUGCUGAGCUCAGGGGACACCCAGUGACACAACUUGCCCCCAGAUGGAAUCAUCACCGAAUUACUGGCCCGAUAGAGUGGCUGCACACGAAUCAGGGUCAAGACAUUGCCCUUGCAGUGGGUAUCACUGGAGGUAUCCUCACAAUUUCAAUGCAGCGCUCUGCAUACGACGGUACUCGUACAAAUGAAACCCAAGUCCAAACUCGGGAUUGGCCGGUCUCUGAGCCGAUCACAGAGACAAAUGAUCCCCCAAGACACUGGGAACCUAUCACAGCAAUGUCUGUAUCACGAGACGAAGGAGACAGUACUUGCACGCUCCACAUAUGCACUACAGGCGGGCUGGGCGUUGCCAUCAGCCUCGAUCUACUUGGACCCGAUGAUCAUCCGCAAGUACCAGCAUGGAGCAAGAUUGUGGACAACCUCCGAGAGCAAUACGAUCUGAAUCGUGAUUUAGGAGGACAUGCCGUGGCGAGAAUGUGGGGGCUGACGUCUUACCGCAACGUUACUGCGGUGCUUUUCACAAAACACCCGACAGAUAUGAUUGAGUACCGGGUGGCGUCGGAUGAAGAUGCCACCAUUGCAUUUGCCUCGGAAGAAACAGGUGAUAUACCGGACGAACAAACCCUCUUCGUGCCGCGGGCAGAGAACCAGGAAACGCAGGCGGCGCUAAGCCGGCGGGAAGCAGUGACCUCUUUUCUUCUCUCCGAGGGCGUCAAGACCACGGUGAAUACAGAGGAUCAGAAGCUCAUAUAUGCAGCGGCCUGUUGCAGUAUCGUAGAUGGACACAGCCCAUCAUUUCGCUCCAAGGCUCGGAAAUCAUUCGAUCGCCUAGCGAGUGAGACAGGCAUAGCCUUGAGCGAGGAAAUCUCGAAAUGCGAUUCCGAACCCUCUACAGUUCCGGCAAAAUCUUCCCACCAGCUCGAUCAGCCUGGGGGCCACCUCUUCGAGCGGUGCGAGAUUUGCAAUGCGGGAAUUGCGUGGUCCUCGGCUAAGGAAGCCCAAUGCGCGAAUGGCCAUCUUUUCGCACGCUGUGGAUUGACCUUCCUGGCUAUCCAAGAACCCGGGAUGUCUAAAUUCUGCUCUGUUUGCCGCACCGAGUAUAUGGACGAGGAGUUGGUCGCUCAUAUGUACAAUGGCCCGCUGUUCCACAAGCUUUGUGAGACGUUUGAUACAUGCCUCUAUUGUGACGCCAAAUUCCAGGCUAGCAUCUAG